CAAAGAAACACGGAUGUGAAAUAUUAUGUUUAAAGAGUUACGAAUGUUUGAAAUUCCAGCGGACCAAUAGGAUGUGCUAUAUAAGCUGGCUUUGUACGUGGUAUAAACUGCUGGAAGAAAUCAGAAGGGACAUUCUAACACAGACAGGCUAGGAGUCUCCGUUUAACGCAAUGGCUUUUAGGACCUGUGUGCUUUUUGUGACGGCUGUAAGUCUACUGGGAAGAGAGUCACAUGCACAACUAAAUGCAUGUGGUCAGGCUCCUCUUAACACCAGGAUAGUGGGGGGAGGGAACGCACCCCCGGGCAAUUGGCCCUGGCAAGCUAGUCUGCAACUGAAUGGUCAACACCUCUGUGGAGGAUCUCUCAUCAACAAUAUGUGGGUACUCACUGCUGCCCACUGCUUCUCCAGCACAAAUACAAAUGGCUGGAGUGUUUAUCUGGGGCUUCAGCAGCUAUAUGGUACAAACUCAAAUCAACAAGUCAGAACCCUCAGUAGCAUCGUUCGUCAUCCACUAUACAACAGUAAUACAAAUGACAAUGACCUCACUAUGCUGGAGCUCAGCACCACUGUGACUUUUACUGACUACAUUCAGCCCAUUUGCCUGGCAGCCAGCAGCAGCACCUUCUACAAUGGCACUGAGACCUGGGUCACUGGCUGGGGAGAUGUUAAGUAUAAUGUGGCCCUCCCCUCACCUGGCACCCUACAGGAAGUGGAGGUACCAAUAGUUGGAAACAAUAUGUGUAAUUGUCUGUAUGGGGCGGACACCAUCACAGCCAACAUGAUGUGUGCUGGUCUGCUAGCAGGAGGAAAGGACUCGUGUCAGGGAGACUCAGGAGGCCCACUGGUGGUCAAACAGGGGUCUGCUUGGAUCCAGGCUGGGAUUGUGAGUUUUGGGAAUGAAUGUGCCCUCCCCAAGUACCCUGGGGUCUACACCAGGGUGUCUCGUUAUCAGGCCUGGAUCAAUUCCAUCAUCACCACCAACCAACCAGGAUUUGUGACAUUUACUUCCAGUGGGACAAACAGUGACAACAGCACCUCCUGCAGUUCGUCACCGUCCAUUACCGUAACUCCAAGCACUCCCACCACCACAACCACCACUGCCAAGCCGGUUGUAUGUGGUCUCGCCCCACUGAACAAUGGCGGGAGCAGUGGGUCAGUAGCAGCAGGGAUGUGGCCCUGGCAGGUCAGCCUGCAGAUGAAUGGGGUCCAAGUGUGUGGGGGCACUCUUAUCACACAGAGAUACGUCAUGAGUGCAGCCCAGUGCUUCAACAGUUCACAGCUCAACAGCAGCCAGUGGACAGUGGUUCUGGGUACAAAUGCAUCACUAGGGGUGUCCAACAUCACCCUUAGCAACCUGCCGGGUAACAACAUCGCUGUGCUCCGCCUGGCUACAAGUGUGACCCUGACCAACUAUAUCCAGCCCGUGUGCCUGGGCUUGGGCAAUGCUGUCUUCCCCAGUGGGACACAGUGUUGGGUAACUGGAUGGAGAAGCACCCAGGGCGGAGUUCCAUAUAUUCAGCAGCAGAAUACAACAGUGGCAAAUUGUGGGAACAACACAUCUUCCUCAAACAUCUGUAUUACAGCUGUGAUGUUGCAGCAGGGUGAUGCAGGUGACCCAUUACUCUGUAAACAGGGGAACACCUGGUUCCAGGCCGCAGUGAUAAUGACCAACACCUCCAGCACCAGCAGAGCUGUCCUUUCUCAGAUAAUGACCCUAACUAAGGUGUCUCAGUUCACCGCUUUCCUUCAGAGUACUGUUAGCAAUCUCCCCACCAGCUCUGCUGCAGCAAGUCACAUCAACACCAUCAUCCCUUUCCUUCUGCUUCUCUUCUCUCUCCUCACCCCACUCUAAUCCAUCACCAUUCUGUCCAGCUGAACCAAAUGUCAGCUAGUAGCCUUAAGAACUUUCACACCAGAUUAGUUAUUUGUGAUUGUGUCUGAUUUGGAUCUCACAACAAGGGACAUGCAAUAUACAUUUUGGCUUAAUAUAAGAAAAUACUAAAUUAUUUGAAAACAGACAGUUCAACUUACCUCAUUAUCAUUUAAAAUAUCUGUACGUCACCCUAAAUGUUACACAUUUGAAAAUGUAAAAAUGCCAUCAGGAUCCUCUUCCUGUGAAGAAAUCUGAAACAUAUGUUGUAUUGAGAAGAGAAGCUGUUGCAUCCAUCCAUCCAUCAUUCCAGUCAUCAUACUUAUCCUGAACAAAGUCACAAUGAAAAGCUGUUUCAAUAAAGUCAAAAUUUCCCUGAA